AGUACUCAACUCGACGCAAUUGAACAUGACCACAGCUAACCUUUUGUGGGUAUAUAAUGAUGCUGUUCACGGAGCAUUCAUGCGAAUUGCGUUAAACACUUUAUUAAAAAAGGAAAUACUCUCAUAUUAUACUGACAGUUGCGUCAACUUACUUUUCUUUUCUCCCUCUUUCAUUUCACCGCAGAUCAAGAAUGCCCAUUCAUCAAUACGACGGCUGGUCGUACGAGAGGCUUCGUAAGCAGCGCAAUCGCGCGCAUUUCUUGCUGGAGGACCCUUACCGCUACGUCACUGUCCUGCUCGUCUCGAGGCCCGGCAAGCAAGACGAGCUGCGCUGCAUCGACAGCCCCUGCUACCAUGCCAACGGGCCCCUUGGAGAAGGUGAUAUUGUAGAGAUUGAAGACAUCCUAUGCAUUCGCUGCCCUACCCACCGCUACCUCGUCAGCAUCGAAAGCGGAGAAGAGAUUCUGCUCGAGGUGGACCCAAACUCUGCUCAAGGGGAGGCGCUGAUCGGAUGCCACGGCGCGAUGCCGUGUUACCCAAUGACCUCCGCGGAUCCGUCCGCUGGCGGGGUAACGGUGGUGCACGGCAAAAAAGUGCAGCGGCUGCACUGCGCCUCGCUAGACGAAACAUCGGGCGUGCUCUCGAUUGAGGUGGAGGAUGAAGCGAUCAUUCGGCAGCACCCGCUGCGGUCAGACCGGCCAGCGGAGAGCAUCAAGAAUGGCGGCAUGUGCAUGCAGAUUUUUGACAUUAAGAUGCGCGGUCUGGAUAAGCUGUGA